CCAGGCCAAUUGUCACCACGUCGCCGAACACACGCUCGCAUCGCCGCCACCGCGAGUCCAUCUCCCAACAAUCCCACCACCCAAUUCUAUCUAUCCACCAAGUCGGAUCAUAACCAAAUACUCACUCUGCUGCCAGUCGGCGCAUAUCGCCCGCCAUGGCAACGAUCCCCAAGUCUACCAACCCUCUCGAUUCCCUCCAACUCCUUCUCAACGACGCGCUCGUGCAAACAGGCAAAGCACUUCGCGCGUCUCGCCGCGAUGAAAACGGCAACCUAAUCUACCAAGGCGCGUUGCAGUCAAAGCUCCCAGACACGGCUAACGCCUUCCACGCCGCUCUCGACGACCUCGACCACAAUAUUAUUCAAGCCAAAUCUGUCCUUCUUCGCGACCUCAAGCAGCUGCGCGCCAAGCAGGCGUCUACGUCUGCCACUUCGCAACAACCGCCGGCGGAGCCAGAGCCUGUCCUGGCGCAGACCAAGUCUCCCAUGGCUAUUGAUAUUGGCUCAUCGCCGCCAACUGCACCUGCACCUGCACCUGCACCUGAAGCAGCACCAGAAAUCAAAGCCGAGCCCGCAGCCGAAACUAUCGACAUCACCAGCGGCACCGAGGACAACAAGAUCGAUCUGGAAGCGUCGCUCGCCGGAUUGACAGACACAAACUUUACUGAUAUGGAGUUUGCGCCACCGAGUGAGCCGACCACGUUUGACAUGGCCAGCUUUGCGCCGACGGAUAACGCGACGGACCUCUUGUCUCUGGAGAACUUGAUGCCAGCCGCGGGCGACGGCAACACCGCACCAGUAGAUGCUACGGCGACGACAGCUGCAGCACCAUCGACCUCAUUGGACGCCGAGUUUGCGGACCUGUUCGAUAACAACGAUGGUCAAGCGGACGGUAUGGAUUUUGACUUUAGUAUUGGGGGAGGAGCUGGUGGCGACGACACGUUUGACGACUUGAUGAAUACCCGUGGCGAGGAUAGUUUCGGUAUGGGCGGUGACGACUUCGAUGCAUCCUUCCUCGGGCUCGACAAGCCCGAGGGAACAUGAUGACACAGCGACUCUCGCUCCCAUCUUUGCUAUUUCUGGUGUUUUUGGUGUUGGCGGGAAUACGGGCACAGGCGUUUUUACAUUGUCCAGGCCAGGACCUCUUUUUUCAUAUCACGGCACUUUUGAUAUGCUAUCUCUUUACAUACUCGUUAUAUUUUCAAGAUCGCUUCUAUGUACAAACAUAUACAAAUUUUCUUUUGAAACUCAUU